CCAUCCGGAAACCAGACACGGAGCUUGAUUUUUUCUUUUUUUGUUGUUGUUGUCAAGAAGACAAAUAGUUCCCACCAUUCACACACACAAUAAAAAAAAAGGAAGCAACACGGAGGAGAGAAAGACUGGUAAGGAAAUGGACGACGGAAGCAACACGGAGGCGGAGCGAUGGCUGAACGCAGCGGCAAAGCUCCUCGCUUCAGGGGACUUUCACGGAACCAGGACCUUCGCGAUCCGAGCUCGAGAGUCGGCACCUGUCCUUGCCGAUCGAAUCCUCUCCGUUACCGACACUCUCUUAACGGCCCAAGGUAACCCUCGUGACUGGUACGGCAUCCUCCAACUCGUUCCGUUAACUCAGUCCAUGGAAGUCGUUGAGAGUCAGUAUAGGAAACUCGCGAUUAUGCUGAAUCCUGGGUGGAACACACACUCUUUCGCAUAUCAGGCGUUUCGGUUGGUUGCGGAAGCUUGGGAGGUGUUGUCGAAUCCUUCUAAGAAGCUUAUUUCUGAUGACGAGUUGAGGUUCCUGCAGUUUGGUCAUGUAAACCCACUUGGACAGCAACAUUAUCAGCAUCAACAACCACAACUUCAGCAACCAAGCCCUAGAAAUAACUAUGAUGGAUAUGCCGCGUUAGAAGGAGAGCAAUUGGGUUUAAAUAAUUAUUCUGCUGGGUCAAAUUGGACGAGACAGACAGGUUUACCUCAGCCGAGUCAGAUUAAUAAGACAGGAUCAGUUGGUGCAAACCAUAUUAGUAGGCCGGAGCCUACACGGUCGAGCCAUACUAAUCGAUCUGAGCCUAUCGGGGCCAGCCAGAUUAAUCAGACAGAGUAUAGUCGGAUUGAGCCUACUCAAUCAGGUCAGAUUAAUCACUCGGCAACUCCUGCUCCUACCAAGGAGCAUAGUCAGACAGAACCAACUGGUGCCACUCGGUCAGAAGGAUCAACUUUCUGGACCGCUUGUCCGCACUGUUACUCUCAAUUUGAGUAUCCGAAGGUGUACGGGAAUCGUACACUAAGGUGUCAGACUAAGGACUGCAGGAAAGCUUUUCAGGCGGUUGUGAUACCGUUUCCACCAGUUCAGACAGAGCCAAGUGGUGUGAGUUGGAAUACCUAUUUGACUUGGGCUAGUCAAUCUACCGAGUCCGCGGGACCAACUUUCUGGACUGCUUGUCCAUACUGUUAUGUUCUCUAUGAGUAUCCGAAGGUGUACGAGGAUUACACGUUAAGGUGUCAAGCUAAGAACUGCAGGAGAGCUUACCACGCAGUUGUGAUACCAUCACCACCAGUGAAUGGAAAUGACACGAAUUUCCGCUGUUGGGGCUUUUUUCCGAUAGCUUGCAAUGGUAAUUUCUCAAGUUGGUCGCCUAUUUCGACCAAUUUUGCUUGCCCUGACAACAAGAAUGCUGGAAAACAAAAGAUCACCAAAAAGUCUGCACCGAGAGUAUUUAUGAUGAACAAGAUACAUAUGUGGAGAUAUCUGAUUCGAGUGUGAGUUCUGAUGACGACGACGAUGACGAUGACUGGAGAAAUGAAAAGAGGGAGAAAAAGGUGAGUAAUACAAAAGGAAAGGAUCUUGGGGGAGAAAUGCGAAGAAACCACAGAGUGAGAGAGUGAAGCAGGGGAGUAGUGAACAAGUUAAUGCGGAUCAUAGUGGGAACCUGAGUGGUGUGUCUAUGGUGCCAGAGGGUGUGCCAACUGCUGAGUCGAGCAAAAGGGGGGUGACAAAUAGUGGAAGGAAGCAGAUUAAACGAGGAAUGAAGGUUUUGGGGAAUUUGGAUUUGAACGUGGAGUUUAGGAACGAGGUGAAGAGCCGGUCAGAGGGAGGAGUAAGGGGAAUCAUGCUGGAGUCGAGGAGGAGGAUAACAAUGGAGGGAAUGGUUUUUUUGAGGGUCUAGUGAAUUUUCAGUAGUUUGCCUAUACUCUCGGUUGUUGGGGAUGAUAAA